AUGCGACUUGCUCCCAUGGACCCCUCCGAGACGGGACCAGCGCCUGCGCCUGCGGACUCUGCACCUCGUGCGGAGCACGACAACGACGCCGCUGACAACCUCGAGGGGGACGUGUCCGCGGAGGAAGUGUACGUUGCUACUCAAGUAUAUUCCAUUGGCCGCCCCGUCCGAGUUGACCCCUUGAACACGAUCCAGGACAUUCUCUUUGCCCUCCCCACUGACGAAAGGCCGGCCACUGUGCCCUCAGUCGCACCCUUCGCUCCUUCCUCCGUCAGGCGCACCAUCACCCCCACAAUCCAGUUGGCCUCCCCGACACCGCCACCAUCACCAAGGCGACCACGCCCGCUGCCACGCCCUCCUGUUGAAGUAGUCGCUGCCACGGCUUCUACCGCAGUUACUCCCGCGUCGUACACGCCUAUUUUCAAGCCAUACAGUCCGAAGGUCAAGACGUGGUAUGUCAUAUGGAAGGGCAUCAGAGUUGGAAUCUUCACAUCGUGGGGAGAGACAUCCGGUUAUGUACUUGGGGUCUCACGAGCGGCGCACAAAAGUUUCAGCAGCUACGAAGAGGCUGUUUGUGAGUGGGAACAGCAGGAGGCCCUUGGUGGGGUUAUGGAGCUGCCUGGCCCUGUCCCGAGGCUUCUGACUGAUUCGACUGUGCAUGUUAUCCAAUGA